CAUUAGACUGCAUUGUAUUCACUAAUAAAACUAUUAUUUAAAUUUAAUUUAUUAACACUCAAGUUUCGGAGCUAAUAAAUUAAAAGCAAUUUAUUUUUAUGUCAAUCGCCAAUGAUUUACGAUUUGUUUAACGAAUCGAUUUUUUUUAAUGUAACGCAAUGUCAAGAAAAUAAAAGUUUGAAGAUUUGAGUGAACAGUAAAUACAAACAUUCAAAUCGACGACACAUUUGAAGAGUGGACACGAAUUCACGGUUCGAGAGAUGUCGAGAGCCAUGCACUCGAAGACGACAACUAUGUUGACUGAAAUGUGGGCCAAAAUGAGAAGAACCAAACAAAUCAAUACUCAGACAGAUUUGCUGGAAACUCAACUCCGGCGCUGUCUCUCAACAUUUGAUAUCGUAUUGUUAGGCAUCGGCCAUAUGGUUGGUUCGGGUGCUUAUGUGUUGACCUCAUCAGUUGCGCGCAAUAUCGCUGGCCCGGCUAUAAUCGUAUCGUUUAUGAUCUCAGGUUUGGCUUCAUUCCUGAGUGCACUGAGUUAUGCCGAAUUUGCCGGUCGUUUCCCCAAAUGCGGAUCCGCUUAUUCGUAUUCUUACUUAGCAUUGGGUGAACUCUGGUCAUUCAUAGUGGGUUGGAAUAUGAUAUUAGAGAACGUGAUCGGAACGGCAGCCGUGAGUCGGGCCUGUUCUGCAUAUAUGGAUUCACUAUUAAACGGACAAAUAAGAAACUACACGUUGGCAUCCCUGGCCUCAAACAUUGCUGUAAUUGUGACCAUAAUUGUGGUCGGAUUGUAUUACUCGGAUCUAAAGAAUUGGAAAGACAUCCCAAAUGGGUUUAUGCCAUACGGGUGGCGGGGAGUGUUUGCGGGCAGUGCCACUUGUUUUUAUGCUUAUAUCGGAUCGAUGACAUUUGCCACCAUCUCAUACGUGGCCGUAUCGGCUGUCCUCACGCUAAUGGUCCCAUACAAUGAAAUCAAUGCUGAGUCGGGACUUCCCGAUGCCUUUGGAGUUCACGGAGCCGUUUGGAUAAAACUAAUUGUAAUAGUGGGCGCCUCCUGUGGAAUGGUAACGGUGCUCAUCGGCACUAUGUUCUCAUUGACUCGUAUCGUAUACGCCAUGUCUGACGACGGCCUCCUCUUCUCAUGGAUGGGUGCAGUGAAUCCGCGAACUCAAAUCCCAUUGCAUGCCAUGUAUUUCUUCGCGUCCAUCGGAGCCCUUAUGGCUCUCUUCAUAGACAUCACAACUUUGAUCGAAAUGAUGUCAAUCGGGACACUCAUCGCAUAUCUAGUGGUCAGCGCCUCUGUCAUUGUCAUCCGAUACGAACCCACCGUUCAGUCCAGUUGUCGUCAAAGUCUCACAACAGAAGUCAAUAAUCAAGAGUUGAAUGACUUGUCCGUCGAGUCAUCGAAUAUGAAUGAAGAGAAUAAACUCAUUGACGAACUCGUGGACAACGAUUCCUCGACUUCACAAUCAGACCAUAAUAUAGUGGUGGAUGUGAUGGCUGUCCCUUAUCUGGAGCAUUUCUUGGACAGUUUGGAAACGCUUCCAACGGAUCUGCAGAGGAAUUUCACACUCAUGAGGGACUUGGACACCAAGACUGAGGGUAAGUGA